AUGGAUAUUCUGUUCCAGCUGCUGGAGGACAACAUCAUCACUUUUGUGAAGAACGAGCUGAAGAAGAUCCAGAAGGCUCUGAAUCCAAGUAAGCCCCAAUGCUUGGAGUUUCAGAGGGAGGAUGAUGAGCAGAGGAGCAGCAGAGAGGCAUUUGUGAAGAUCACAGUGGACUUCCUGAGGAGAAUGAAGCAGGAGGAGAUGGCUGACCGUCUGCAGACUGCAGUUUGUCAUCGUAAACUUAAAUCCACACUGAAGAAGAAGUUCCAGUGUGUGUUUGAGGGGAUCGCUAAAGCAGGAAACCCAACCCUUCUGAAUCAGAUCUACACAGAGCUCUACAUCACAGAGGGAGGGACUGCAGAGGUCAAUGAUGAACAUGAGGUCAGACAGGUUGAAACAGCAUCCAGGAAACCAGAAAGACCAGAAACAACAAUCAGACAAGAAGACAUCUUUAGAGCCUCACCUGGAAGAGAUGAACCAAUCAAAACAGUGCUGACAAAGGGAGUGGCUGGCAUUGGGAAAACAGUCUUAACACAGAAAUACACCCUGGACUGGGCUGAAGACAAAGCCAACCAGGACAUCCAGUUCAUAUUUCCAUUCACUUUCAGAGAGCUGAAUGUGCUGAAAGAGGAAAAGUUCAGCUUGGUGGAACUUGUUCAUCACUUCUUUACUGAAACCAAAGAAGCAGGAAUCUGCAGCUUUGAAGACUUCCAGGUUGUGUUCAUCUUUGAUGGUCUGGAUGAGUGUCGACUUCCUCUGGACUUCCACAAAACUACAAUCCUAACUGACCCUAGAAAGUCCACCUCAGUGGAUGUGCUGCUGAUAAACCUCAUAAGGGGGAAACUGCUUCCCUCUGCUCGCCUCUGGAUAACCACACGACCUGCAGCAGCCAAUCAAAUGCCUCCUAAAUGUGUUGGCAUGGUGACAGAGGUCAGAGGGUUCACUGACCCACAGAAGGAGGAGUACUUCAGGAAGAGAUUCAGAGAUGAGGAGCAGGCCAGCAGGAUCAUCUCCCACAUCAAGACAUCACGAAGCCUCCACAUCAUGUGCCACAUCCCAGUCUUCUGCUGGAUCACUGCUACAGUUCUGGAGGAUGUGCUGGAAACCAGAGAGGGAGGAGAGCUGCCCAACACCCUGACUGAGAUGUACAUCCACUUCCUGGUGGUUCAGGCCAAAGUGAAGAAGGUCAAGUAUGAUGGAGGAGCUGUGACAGAACCACACUGGAGUCCAGAGAGCAGGAAGAUGAUGGAGUCUCUGGGAAAACUGGCUUUUGAUCAGCUGCAGAAAGGAAACCUGAUCUUCUAUGAAUCAGACCUGACAGAGUGUGGCAUCGAUAUCAGAGCAGCCUCAGUGUACUCAGGAGUGUUCACACAGAUCUUUAAAGAGGAGAGAGGACUGUACCAGGACAAGGUGUUCUGCUUCAUCCAUCUGAGUGUUCAGGAGUUUCUGGCUGCUCUUCAUGUCCAUCUGACCUUCAUCAACUCUGGACUCAAUCUGCUGGAAGAACAACAAACAACCUUCAAGAACUCUGACACAAGAGAAUUGUGUGGAAAACCAGAAUCACAAAAAAAAGGAGAAUCUGCAGAGAAAUACUUGUACCAGAGUGCUGUGAACAAGGCCUUACAGAGUCCAAAUGGACACCUGGACUUGUUCCUGCGCUUCCUCCUGGGUCUUUCACUGCAGACCAAUCAGACUCUCCUACAAGGCCUGCUGACACAGACAGGAAGUAGAUCACAGACCAAUCAGGAAACAGUCCAGUACAUCAAGGAAACGCUCAGUGAGAAUCUGUCUGCAGAGAAAAGCAUCAAUCUGCUCCACUGUCUGAAUGAACUGAAUGAUCGUUCUCUAGUGGAGGAGAUCCAACAGUCCCUGAGUUCAGGAAGUCUGUCCACAGAUAAACUGUCUCCUGCUCAGUGGUCAGCUCUGGUCUUCAUCUUACUGUCAUCAGAAAAAGAUCUGGAUGAGUUUGACUUUAAGAAAUACUCUGCUUCAGAGGAGGCUUUUCUGAGAAUGCUGCCAGUGGUCAAAGCCUCCAACAAAGCUCUGUAA